AGUCGGAGGCGGAACAUCCGGAAGCAGAUUGUGAAGACAGGAUUUAAACGUCUAGUGCUCGUGGAGUUGUUGCGUUGUUUGCGGUUAUUGAGGAUGUGUUUGGAUGUUGUAACUUAGCUGUAAUUUUACUCAUUUUCUACGUGUUUGAGUGUUUGCAUCUUGAGUCAUUGAAAGUCAAUUCAUUCUUUUAAUAGCCUACUAGCUAGUAGCUAACCACAGACCAAGGUCACGCGACUUCGAUGGUCUUGUAUUUAACACGUAAAAUCCUUUUGGUUUUUUACAUCAUAAAACAGUGGGAGCGAUAAGGAAAAUUUCCUUUAAAAAUGGCUGGACUUAUUAAUUUCGAGGACGAAAAGGAGGUCAAACAAUUUUUAGAUAACUUGGGCGUCGAGUACAGCUAUCAGUGCUAUCGCGAGAAAGACCCUGACGCUUGUCACAGAUUGGCAGAUUACUUGGAGGGCGUAAAGAAGAACUAUGAUAUGACCGCCCAGGUUCUCAGUCACAACUGCGAGGUUAACGGGCACAGCGAGAGCUGCUACAAGCUUGGUGCUUACCAUAUCACUGGUAAAGGUGGAGUAACAGAAUCUCUAAAAACGGCCUACUCCUGCUUUGUAAAGGCAUGCAACGCCAGAGGAAAGAAGUCAGUCGACGCCUGCCACAACGUAGGCUUGCUUGCCCAUGAUGGCCGUGCCCAGGAGGGGGGUCCUGACCCGGUGGUUGCUCGACAGUACUAUGAGAGGGCCUGUGAAGGGGGGUUUGCCCCCAGCUGCUUCAACCUGAGUGCCCUCUACAUCCAGGGCUUGGCAGGGGUGGACAAAAACAUGCCCUUGGCUCUGAACUAUGCCGUGCGGGCUUGUGAGCUUGGUCAUGUUUGGGGAUGCUCCAACGCCAGUCGCAUGUACAAACUGGGCGACGGCACUGAGAGGGACGACGGUAAGGCGGAGGAGCUGAAGAACAGAGCGAGAGAGCUGCAUGGAGAGCAUCGAGCGCGGCAGCUGAAAUUUGCAGAGUGAGAGGAACAGAGAUGGCUGUAAUAUGACAUUUGCAUUUCCAGUGCUGGCCAAUCUGUUGUACUCUGUAGAGGACAAAGGGUUUGAUGAGGAGUACCCCUGAAAUUUGUGUAUCCAUGUAAGAACCGUGCCCUUGCAUUGAGGGAUGGGAAUAUUACUUUGUUAUAAAGUUAAUAAAUAUGUUCUUUGAUACGUCACACA